AUGGUCGGAUUCGAUGCAAAAAAUAAACGUAGUCUUGAAGACAAAUAUAUUUGUCUUAUCUGCUCAUUAAUAAUGCGUGACCCACUGCAAUUAAUUGAUUGUGGUCAUCGAUUUUGCCGAACGUGCACUAACACGGAACAAGACACUACAACUAAAUGUGACCAAUGCCAAUUAGAAACAUCACGAGAAAACGCUUCUCACGAUCAAUUACCGGCCCAUUAUCUAACUGAACAACAUCAAAAUGCCCUAAUAAAUGCAAUUUCAAGAGUUACGGAAACAUCGAAUGGUGUUCGACACUGUGAAACAACUAGAUCAUCUGAAAACCAAUAUCCACUUCUUAGAUUGUCGGGCACCACAUCAAGCACUAAUUCGCCCAUAGAACAACGUCAUGGUCUCUCUGAAGCAGUAAAUAAUAACCCAGAAAUUGCUAAUCAAGAUGCAAAUUCAUUACAAGUAAAAACCAGUGAUUUGCAAAAUUUUUCAUCAAAUGAUGCAUAUACAUGGACAAUUACAAAUGUCAAAGAGAAAAUGAAUGAAGCGCAGUCUGGAAAAGAAACAUCAAUUUGUUCACCGCCUUUUUAUUUACCUCAAAAUGGUUAUAAAAUGAGAGCUCGUCUUUUUUUGAAUGGUGAUGGCAAUGCUCGUCAUACUCACAUGUCACUCUUUUUACAAUUAAUGCGUGGUGAUCAUGAUAGAAUUCUCAAGUUUCCGUUCGAUUAUAAAGUCAUCUUUUUGUUGUACGAUCAAAUACUGAAACAACGACAUAUUAUCGAUUCAUUUCGACCAGAUACUAAAUCCAGUAGUUUUCAACGACCUGUGUCUGAUAUGAACAUUGCUAGUGGUUUACCGAAAUUUGUUCCAUUGUCUUUGAUUCAACAUGAAGGCAAUCCAUAUCUUCGAAAUGACACUAUGGUGAUUAAGAUUUUCAUUGUUUUCGAUGAAUUUUCAAAACGCUUAUUGCCUUAUGCUCUAAAUCUCAAUCCUAACGUAUUCGACCCUGUUCAACAAACAGGAACAAAUCAAGGAACAAGAAGGAGACUACCUGAAGAUGCUGAAUCAACAGAUCAAAACAAAAAGACGAAAACUUAG